AUCUACUCCUCCUCUUUCUCUCUACGUGCGCGUGUGUGUGUGUGUAAGUGAGCGUGUGUGUUUGUGUGUGUGUGUGCAGGAAGACGAAGCGGCAGGCAGGAGGAGGCACCAAGGACGUCCUUUUUCCAGCCCCGGGAGCCGGAGAUGCGAGGGACGAGCAGUUAGAUUAGCCUGUGCUGCUGUUGCCUGCUGCAGGAUAACUUUGGUUCCGGAGGGUGCUGCAGCCGAAAGCUCUGCUCUCUCAUCCUUGGCUUGGUGUGUGAGGAGGAUUUCAGCCAGUCGCCGGACGGAGAUCUGGCUACAAAGGACUUCUACUUUUCUGUCACUAUUGAAUGUAACAUCGCUCAGACAAGGAAGGCAAGGAAUUAAAAGCCAUCAUCAUGAAUUUCGUUAUGAAACAAGCGUUGGGAGGGGCCACCAAAGACAUGGGCAAGAUGCUUGGUGGGGAGGAGGAGAAGGAUCCCGAUGCUGCGAAAAAAGAGGAAGAAAGACAAGAGGCGCUGAGGCAACAGGAGGAGGAGAGGAAGGCCAAAUAUGCAAAAAUGGAGGCAGAGAGAGAAAACAUCCGACAGGGCAUCAGAGAUAAGUAUGGCAUCAAGAAGAAGGAGGAGAAAGAGGCCGAGGCAGCGGCUGCUAUGGAGCAGGCCUCCGAGGGCAGCCUCACCCGUCCAAAGAAGGCGGUUCCCACCGGCUGCGGCGACGAGGAGGAAGAGGAGAGCAUCGUGGACACGGUCAUGAAAUUCAUCCCGACCCCGCUCAUGGAUAUGUUCAAUAAAAAGUAACAGUGUUUUGGGUGAAAUAUGAUUAACUUCAUCUAACCAAGACUACUGCCGUACCGCCCUGCCCUGCCCAAACCUGCAGUCACACUUUUCUCCACCCUCCCACUCCUUCAACACAACUUCUAAGUGUCCUGGAGUUGAGCAACGUGCCAUGACUUUGCCCUUGGUUUAAAAUAUCUGAUGGUGAUACGUACUUCUUAAUCUCUCAUACAGAGCAUCUUCCUUGAUAUCUAUCUCUAUUUUCAAAGUAUGUAACACCUACACAGAUCUUUACUUCAAGGCAAGUCUUAUGCCAUGUUUUCAAAAUGUCAGGCACUUAGAAUAAGAUCAGAUAUCACCCAUCAUCCACCCUUUUUGUUUGUAAAUAGCCUCGGGUUAUAAAAAAGAGAACUAUAUAUGAGUGAAAUAUGACAUAUAACAAGAUGACUAAGAGUAUAAGCCAUAUUUUUAACUUUUAAGAAAUUAUCCAAAUCAUAUCAAAAUUUGAUUAAAUUUUCCUGUUCUGUUCUUGCUAAUAUUUGAUACAUACAGUGUAUAUAAAUACUUACAUUUUUAUUAGUUCUCCGUUGUGAGGAUUCACCCCUGUUCACCCUGUCUUUCAUGUUCUCAUUGGUUUAUUGUGAAUGUGUAAUAUGAGCACUGGUACAGUGGAAACAACUCCUGUAAGACCAGAAAGUGAAGGAAAUUCAUUUGAAAUGAGAAUUUUCUUUGUUUUGUUUUGUUUGGUUUCCUUUUUUAAAGCAUGCAGUAAACUUUUGUGAAGUGAAGUACACACAUGGAAACCAUUUCAUUUGAUACGAUGAAGCGAAAUACAUUGAUAUUUGAGGCAAUAACUGGUUUUCCAUUUUUAUUUGAUUGACAUCUCGUCCACCAUGUGCAUUAGGCGACAACUGACUUUGUGUCUGAAAUGUUCUUCCAUGGGGAAAACUAUAAACGUUCUCCAUACAUGAAGUUUGUCUCAAAGCAGUUAGGUGAAAUUCUUACUCUAAAUUUACUUGCUCUACAUGUUUGUGGUUUGAACAUUCAGUUUUAAUGUCCUGUGGCAGGUGUCGCUCGCUCUGCUUCUGCAGUAGGACGUGUAAAUCUUAGACCAGGCUAGUUAUUUUUAUGUUGACAUCUCCAUCAAAUUUUUUGUAGAAAAAAAUAAACUUCACAAACGCAA